GACAAUUCUUGGUGUCAAAAUCGUCAAAUCCCAAACUUACGUUGGCCUCGUCUUUCUCCUUUCACUAUAAAAUCCCAUACAUCCAUCAAUCUUCAUCAUCAUAUCCAUACAUAGCUCCUCUCACCCUCGACCAAUUAGUCUAUAAUCCUUCCUAUUCUCCUCCCUCCUUUAAAACUUCACUUCAAAUACCUCGCACUUACAUUUCAUAGCAAUUCAUCAUGGAAUUGGACUCGCACAAGCAACUAGUUUCCCUCUUAUGUCUUCCCCUAGUACUUCUACUAUUCUCAGGACAUAUGGGACUGCAAGCUGAGGCUCGCUUGCAACAUCAUGAGAUGAAUCAUUCUCCGAAAACGUUGUUUGUUUUUGGGGACUCAUAUGUUGAUACCGGGAACACGAGAAAAGAUCAACCUGGUUCGUGGAAAAACCCUUAUGGCAUAACUUUUCCCGGUAAACCAGCCGGUAGAUUCUCCGAUGGUAGAGUUUUAACCGACUUCAUCGCUAAGUAUCUGGGACUCAAAUCGCCACUACCCUAUAAGUUUAGGAAACUGAUGCCACAGCAUUUGAAAAAUGGGAUGAAUUUUGCAUAUGGUGGUACCGGUGUCUUCGACACAUCCUCCAAAAACCCAAAUAUGACAAUCCAAAUCGAUUUCUUCAAAGAAUUGAUCAAAGAAAAUGUGUAUACCACCUCAGAUCUCAGCAACUCAGUGGCCCUUGUCUCCGUUGCUGGAAAUGAUUACAAUUUCUACUUGGCCACAAAUGGCUCUUUGGAGGGUUUCCCUUCUUUCAUAGCCUCAGUGGUUAAUCAAACUGCCACCAACUUGUUACGCAUCCAAAGGUUGGGAGUGAGGAAAAUUGUUGUGGGUGGUCUACAACCACUUGGAUGUCUUCCUUCAACCACAGCCACAUCCUCGUUCCAACAAUGCAAUAGCACCUUCAACGACCUCGUAGUUCUCCACAACAACUUGUUGAACCAAGCCGUGACCAAGUUGAACCAACAAACCAAGGAUCACUCCACCUUCAUAGUUCUCGACCUCUACGACAGUUUCAUGUCAGUGCUUAACCACCCAUCCACCAGCAACAUAAAGGACCAGUUCAAGCCUUGUUGCGUUGGGUUAAGCAGCCAAUAUUCUUGUGGGAGCGUGGACGAGAACAAUGUUAAGAAAUAUAGCGUUUGUGAUCAUCCCACAUCAACUUUCUUUUGGGAUCUCUUGCACCCAACUCAAGCAGGUUGGCAUGCCGUGUAUAACAAGUUGCAAACGACGAGUGCCCUUCAACAACUCAGAUACUAGAGUGCUACAUAUGCACAAUGAUUCUCUUUGGAUACAAAUUAGAAACCCUUUUAAACGGAGUAUUCUUUAUUAGAGAAAUUUCUAAAAAUACUUCUAAACGUGUAUCCAACUAAACUUAAUAACUAUUUCGAAGCCUUCUGUUUGUUGUUUAAUAAUGCAACCUCUUUCGAUUAGUUGAUUCAUCCUCAAUUUGUCAUUUGUUUGUAUUUAUUCCGAAUGCUUUUCUUCUAUGGGUGAAAUUUAAAAUUUGAAUA